AUGAGGGAAGUCUUGAAGGCAUUGACGGCUAUGGCAACACAGAUAACGACCCUAACGCAAGGGUUCACACCAUUGGUGAACUCAUCUGUUGGGCAAUCGACUCGGAUUCCUACGGCUAUUCCUUUAGUUGGAGGAGAACGGGUCAUGGAAAUGGCCGAAGUGGUAAAACUGGACCCAGAGCCAGUCCAGGCCGUGAAAAAGGUGGUUUACCUGAGUGUGUUGCAAUACAUAAGCCGUAUGGGAACCAAACACUUCAAAGGUAGUACUGAUCCAAUCAAAGCAGGCGAGUGGAGGAACCGUCUGAUCUGGAACUUCAAGUCUAGUCGCUGUCCAGACGACUACAAGAAGGAUAUCGCGGUCCACUUCCUUGAAGGGGAUGUGCACAACUGGUGGAUUACCGUGGACAAGCGUACUGGAGGAAGCAUCGAUAGGAUUGAGGACUUUGAGUACGAGUUCAACAGGAAGUACUUCCCAGCUGAAGCUUGGGAUCAGCUUGAGGCAAAAUUCUUGUACCUCACCCAGGGUCGCAAAACCGUGCGUGAGUAUGAGGAAGAGUUCAACCGUUUCAGGCGGUAUGCUGGGAAGAAACUGGAGGACGAGUCGGUGCAGGUGUGUUGGUUCUUCCGCGGACUGAGAGUAGAACUUCGUACGCACUGCUCUGUCCUCACUUUCCGUACUGUCUCGGAACUGGUCGAGAAAGUUGCCUUGUUGGAGACAACUCUUGCUGAGGAAAGCUGGGUGAAGUCACACACCCAACAGGCUUCGGGUAGCAAGUCAAACGACCGAAAAAAGAAGAGGGAUCAUGUCGAGGAAGGCGAGAACUCAGCCUGGAUGAUUGUAGGAAACUUGAGUAUUGGCGGUGUAGAUACACACGCACUUUUCGAUUAUGGGGCAACACAUAGUUUUGUUAGCCCGGAUAUGAUCGGAAAGGGGAUGUUCCAGAAAGAACGAGACAGGUGUUUUGGCAUAGUGAAUGCAGCUGGUGGUCAGGUCAUGCAUUCGCUAGGGCUGGUUAAAAACAUUCUGGUUGUGAUCCAAGGCAGGAGUAUGCCUGUAGACUUGGUGAUAGUCCGCCUUAAAAGCCACGGGGUAAUCUUAGACAUGGACUGGCUUGGAAAGUAUCGGGCCACUUUAUAUUGCCAUCGGGGGUGA